AACUUCCCGACACCAAACGACCAGGACAACAUUUUAGACAUUCUCCGAUAACAUCAUCAAUUGCACCCUCUUUUCCGCUUCGCUCUCUUUUGUCUGCUGUCCUACAUCAAGAUCAACCUUUUUCUCGGGAACCUCUAGCACCCAAUUAUCAUCAUGGCUGAAAAGCCCGCCCCUGACAACAACGGGUACAUCCCCGGCAACGACGGCUGGACACGGACGCGCAACUGGUUCCGCAUCUUGACCAACCAGAUGAACGACCAAGGCAAAGAACAGUACCGACAGUCAAUGAGCAAGCUGCACGAAGAGCGCGAUUGCAAGCGGUGCGAAGCAGACCGUGACUAUCUCCUCCAAUACAGCCCCAUCAUCCGCUUCCUCCGCACAAAUAUCCAGCAAUUAUCCCCAGACUCGGACAUCAACGCCAGCAACAUCCGCUGCCGGCGAUGCGAUAAGCGCCAGAACGGCGGCUUCGAGCCCGGUUACGGCAUCCAGAUCUGCGCCAACGAGAUGCGCAAUCAGAGCCAUUUGGAAGAUACCAUGGCGCAUGAGAUGGUUCAUGCGUAUGACCAUUUGCGAUUUAAAGUCGAUAGAGGAAAUCUGCGACACCAGGCCUGUACAGAGAUUCGCGCAUCCACGUUGAGUGGCGAAUGCAGGUUCACCCGCGAAUUCUUCACGCGCGGCCAAUGGAAAAUCACCGAACAAUUGCAAGAAUGCGUACGACGACGAGCGACAUUAUCCAUGAUGGGCCGGCCGGGCGUCAAGGAUGACGUGCAUGCCGCUCGUGUGGUGAAUGAAGUCUGGGACAGCUGUUUCUCAGAUACUCGGCCUUUUGAUGAGAUUUACCGCUGAUACUUACCUUUUCUUCUCUUCUUUGUUUAUAUAUCCUUUUUUAUUUUUCUCCAUGUAACCUUUUAUAUAAAGGUUUGACGAAUCUGCUCGCCAAUUCUCAAUUUCUCCUCUUUGCAAAUCGUAUCGGUAAUUGGCAUCAUAUACCUUACCCAGCAUCAUACCGUCUCAUUACCGAUCACUGUUCAAGCGGAUCUUUCACUUCCACUGGCUUUAUGAAGAAAAUAAGUCUCUUGUAUUAUUAUCAUAUGUAUCAUAGCAUUUCUGCAUCAUCCGGGCCGAGGAGAAAAAAAAGUAAAGAAACAAAAAUCAGAACGCUGGCACCCGGCGCCAUUGCGCCAAUGGAUCAAAUAGAAAAAUCUCCACAUUCUUCUUAAGUUUCCUCCACGGAAACUCCCCCCCU